AUGCAUGACCUUCAAAAGCAGCUUAGCACCUACCGCUUGGAGCUGGCUCGCAUGAAGAGAGAGCUGACGGUUUGCGACCAGCAAGAUGCAGCCCUGACGGAGACCGCCAGAAAUUUGGAGGCUCGGAAGGAUCAAGAGGGGGACACGGCCGCGAUUCGACGAACUCUGGAGACAAAGCUUCAUGACAUCAGCCACUUCAAAUCUUCUAAUCAGCGCAAGCGACUGCAGCUGCUGAAUACGCGGGACGAGACAGAGCGAAAAUUGGUUCACCUCACUCAGGAGUUGACCCUCGCCAUGAACAGGCAGCAGCAGUCUGACAGCCGCGCUCGGAUGAUCAGAUCUCUUCAUGGAGAUGCAGGAAGCAAGUCUGGUGGUGUAGAUGAAGCUGGGCUCAAAGUGGCGGACAUGAAGCGACAGGAGCUGGCUGGAACAGAGCCGGUCCGACUUUCCGGAUCGGGGCGUUUCAACGGGCUGCAUGAGAUCUUCGAUGUUUCGGAGCGGGCGCUGCAGGACGUUUCCAGCUCCCUCAAAGAGGUUCGUGCAGCUGCCAGCUCGGGUGAUGGCCCAGUUCUGGAGCAAGUGCUAGAGGACAAUUUGGAGCUCCGAAAGGAGCUCAAUGCACUGAUUCAGGAAAGACGAGCAAGAGCUGAGAGCGGAGCCUUUAACUCUGAAGGUUCUGAAGUUGCAGAAGAAGGCCUCUUACAAUUCUUCCAGGAGGCCGCGCUCGUUCUGCCCAAGGGGUCUGAAAAGAGGACUCAAAAGCCAGCAAAAUCGCUGUUAGGGUGGUGA